AUGCUUUCUCUUCGGAAUCUAUCAAGUCCUGGAGGCAUUGAUGACAUACUUUACGAACCCUUGAAUGGCCUUUUUGACCAACCAAUCGACAAUACGUUGGCUCAUGGGGGUAUCUUUUUGCCUGCUCUGGAUUAUACGCCUCUGGCCUCCCAGGCUCUAAUUUCGCCCAGAGCGGAAGAUUCCCUGAGCGAGUAUCUAAUGGAUCCGGCAAUCUUGGAGGAGUGCUGUCUUCCAGCUGUAGAAAAGAAUACCACUGGAGCUGCAUCUGCUUGUGUGACUUUCCGAGCUUAG